AUGAAAUUAUACGGAGAACGUCGUGCGAGUGUAACAGGAUUGAGUUUGGAAAGUAAUGAAGACUUAGAUUUCAUCGAAAAUGACUCUGGUGAAGAGGAAUUAAAUGAAAAGAUUUCAAGUAGAAAGAUAUCAACUAAAAAACACUCAAGUGAAGAAAAACCAAGUAAAGAAAAGCCUGGUAAAGAAAAAGCACCUAAACCACACUCAAGUGAAGAAAAAUCUGGUAAAGGAAAAGCACCUAAACCAAAUUCAAAUGAAGAGAAACCAAGUAAAGGAAAAGCACCCAAACCAAACUCAAGUGGAGAGAAGCCAAGUAAAGAAAAGCCUGGUAAAGAAAAAGCACCCAAACCACAUUCAAGUGAAGAAAAACCUAAUAAAGGAAAAGCACCCAAACCACACUCAAGUGAAGAGAAACCGCAUAAGCAUCAUUCAAGUGAAGAGAAGCCACAUAAACACCACUCGGGUGAGGAAAAACCACACAAACAUCAUUCAAGCGAAGAAAAACCACAUAAACAUCAUUCAGGUGAGGAAAAACCACAUAAGCACCAUUCAGGGGAAGAGAAACCGCAUAAGCAUCAUUCAAGUGAAGAGAAACCACACAAACAUCAUUCGGGCGAGGAAAAACCACAUAAACACCAUUCUGGGGAAGAGAAACCACAUAAACAUCAUUCAAGUGAAGAUAAAUCGAGUGAACAAAACAGUGGCGAACAUGGUUCACAACAGAAGACUCCCACAUGCAGCGAUCAUAUCCGAAAUAGUUAUGAAACAGAUCAAGACUGUGGUGGUCCCUUAUGCCCAAAAUGUUCAAUUGGAAAAUCUUGCAAAGUUGGUUCAGAUUGUAUCACUGAAGUCUGCACGUCUAACAUUUGCAAUGCACCUACUUGCAAUGAUACUAUGAAGAAUCAGGAUGAAACAGAUGUAGAUUGUGGUGGUGAAGGAUGUCCUAAAUGUUCGGAUACAAAAGUAUGUCGUAGACCACUAGAUUGUUCCAGUGGAGUUUGCUUGUCUAACAUUUGUCAAGUAUCCAGUUGCAUGGAUGAUGUACAAAAUCAGGAUGAAACCGACGUUGACUGUGGUGGUGAAGGUUGCCCUAAAUGCGCGGAUACAAAAACUUGCAACAGUGCUUUCGAUUGCUCUAGCGGAGUCUGCUCAUCUGACGUUUGUCAAACGUCUACUUGUAUGGAUGGCGUGACGAAUCAGGACGAAACCGACGUUGACUGCGGUGGUGAAAGCUGUCUUAAAUGCGCGGAUACAAAAACUUGCAACAAUGCUUUCGAUUGCUCUAGUGGAGUCUGCUCAGCUAAUAUCUGUCAAACACCCAGUUGCACGGAUGGUGUACAAAAUCAGAAUGAAACAGAUGUUGACUGUGGUGGUGAAGAAUGUUCUAAAUGUCCAGAUACAAGAGCUUGUUUUAAUCCAUCCGACUGUUCUAGUGGAGUCUGUUCAGCUGAUAUUUGUGAAGUACCCAGUUGUAUGGAUGGUGUGAAAAACCAGGAUGAAACAGAUGUAGAUUGUGGUGGUGAAGGAUGUCCUAAAUGUGCGGAUACACAAGCGUGUCGUAGACCACCAGAUUGUUCCAGUGGAGUGUGCACUUCUAACAUUUGUCAAACACCUAGUUGUAUGGAUGGUGUGAAGAAUCAGGACGAAACCGAUGUGGACUGUGGUGGUGAAGGUUGUCCUAAAUGCGACGACACAAAAGUCUGUCGUAAUGCAUCGGAUUGUUCUAGUGCAAUGUGUGUAUCUAACAUCUGUCAAACACCCAGCUGUAUGGAUGGCGUGAAGAAUCAAGGUGAAACAGAUGUGGACUGCGGCGGUGAAGUAUGUCCUAAAUGUUAUGACACACAAGUUUGUGGAAAUGCAUUGGAUUGUUACAGUGGAGUCUGCUCAGCUAAUAUCUGUCAAGCACCCAGUUGCACGGAUGGUGUACAAAAUCAAAAUGAGACAGAUGUGGAUUGUGGUGGUGAAGAAUGUCCUAAAUGUGCUAAUACAAAAGUUUGCUAUAGAACAUCAGAUUGCUCUAGUGGAAUCUGCUCAUCUAACAUUUGUGAAGCCCCCAGUUGCAUGAAUGGUGUAAAGAAUCAGAAUGAGACAGAUGUGGAUUGUGGUGGUGAUAAAUGUCCUAAAUGUGCGAAUACAAAGGUUUGUAAUAGUGCAUCCGAUUGUUUUAGUGGGUUCUGCGCAUCCAACAUAUGUCAAACUCCCACUUGUGACGAUGGAAUACAAAAUCAGAAAGAAAGUGAUACAGAUUGCGGUGGUGAGACAUGUGUUAAAUGUGUCGAUGGAAAGACUUGCAACGUCGCUUCAGAUUGUUUUAGCGGAGUUUGUGUAUCGAAUAUUUGCCAAGUACCUACUUGCAAUGAUGGCGUGAAAAAUCAGAAUGAAACAGAUGUGGAUUGUGGUGGUCAAACGUGUCCAAAAUGUAAUAACGGAAAAGUUUGCAACAUCGACUUGGAGUGUGCUAGCAACGAAUGUACUUCGAAUCUUUGUCAAACAUGUUCAUUAAGCAGUUUCAAAAAUGGUAACUUUGAAUCAGGAAAAUCCGAUGGCUGGACUAUUGGCGGUGGUAGUCGAAAGUCAAUUUUAUCAUCUGAAAUUAACCCAAAGGACUAUUUACCCGGUGGUAAGCUGUACAAUGCUACCGUUGCCCAAAAACAUUCAAGUAUUGUAACUCGCGUUGAUGAUCCAGUUCUGAAAAGUUUAAUGCCAAAAGUCGUUCACAAUGGAAACCACGCAUGGCGUGUAGAAGACUUAGAAAAAGGAGGUUUUGUAUCAGUCCUAAGUCAACAAAUCAAGAGUUACUAUUGCCUGAAUAUCUAUUUUGCUUGGUUAGCAGUUUUAGAAAAUGGCGAGCACAAUGCAACGGAUUCCAGUGUUAUGGUAAUCGAACUGAAAGACACAACUGUAGGUGACACAUUACUCUCACGUCGUUACGAUGCCGGUGCCAGUUCGAAAGGUGUUGAUACUCGUUUCAAGACACAUAAGGCAUAUUUUUAUACACCUACUUGGCAAAUUGAACAUUUGACAAUUGAUAGCAAUCGAACAGGUCAUGACUUCACCUUGACUGUUCUAGUAGCAGAUUGUAGACCAACAGGACAUAAAGGUUAUGUCUAUAUCGAUAGUUUUGGAGGUGUUUCACCAUAA